AGUGUAACGGUGAGAAGUGGGCACUCAGUUUAGGUGAAAAGACUCGCAAUUGAAAUCGAUUUCGAUUAGAAUUCCAAUUUGCAUAGCAAUUAUCUGGAGGCCUGUUGUUCUACGAGAUCUAAGGCUGAUUGUGCCACAGAUACAGCAGCAACGACACCUUCUUCAUUGUAGUUGUUUUUGUUGUCGUUUGCUUAUCAGACAAUGGCAAUCGCUAGGCGUUGCGUUUAAUGAGAAAGCCAGCCAGAAAAAGAGUAAAGAAAGGGGAAUUUCUCGAAUAGAAAUGUAGAUGUUGAAUGAGAGAAAAAAAACAAACAUUUUCUAGAUAAACGGUAGUCGGAGACGGCGGAGUCGUGUGAAUAAAUGUUUCCAUCCCUCCCUGCCCUCUCUCUUACGGGUCGCUAAUUACCAUGAACUUGUCAGCUGAGACAACGCCUCUCUGCCUGUAAAACUGUGCGCCAUAAAAUGACCAAAGUGUUGUAAUCAGAAGUGACCAUACACCCCACAGCCCGGCGAGUGUGUGUCUUAGCGGGAAAUCGAGUUGAAUUAUGUCCAGACUUAUAAACCGAAUACGCAGCAUGAUCCAUACCCAACGCCAGCGGGACAGAGACGACUCCUCUGAUUCGGUCUCGGUCUCUGUGUCUGUGUCCGGGUCCAGUGUCCCCCAGUCUGACAGGAGAUAUCAUUCCCUGCCCCGUCGCCGUCGCAGAUACAGUGGCAACUCCACGACCAGACGGUCCAGCAGUGGCCUCUGGGAUCGCAUGAUGAGCAAUGUUUUUGGCACAGACACUGAUGAUCAGGGUUACGAUGGUGAUGGAGCCCAGUACAUUGAUUCGGUAAACGGUUCCCGUUACGAGAUAUCAGGAGAUGGCGAAUACAUCAAGCAUCCCGUUCUGUACGAACUCAGUCAUAAAUAUGGUUUCACAGAGAAUCUGCCGGAGAGCUGUAUGUCCAUACGGCUCGAGGAGAUCAAGGAGGCCAUUCGCCGUGAGAUCCGCAAGGAGCUGAAGAUCAAAGAGGGCGCCGAGAAGCUGCGCGAGGUGGCCAAGGAUCGGCGCUCCCUCAGCGAUGUGGCGGUGCUCGUGAAGAAGAGCAAAAGCAAAUUGGCGGAACUCAAGUCCGAGCUGCAGGAGCUGGAGAGUCAAAUACUGCUAACGUCCGCCAAUACGGCCGUCAACAGCAAUGGACAAGAAUCGAUUAAUGCCAGCAUCGAUCCCAAUGGCGGGAUACUUAUAGGCGGUGCCCUGGGUGGCGGUGGUGGUGGCGGCGGCAAUGGACCCACAACCGCCAAUGACAAAGUCCUCACAUCGCUGGAGAAGCAGCUGCAGAUCGAGAUCAAGGUGAAGACGGGUGCGGAGAACAUGAUCCAGUCGCUGGGCGCCGGCUGCGACAAGAAGCUGCUCGCGGAGGCCCACCAAAUGCUGGCCGAUUCGAGGGCCAAGAUCGAGUUUCUGCGGCUGCGUAUCAUCAAGGUCAAACAGAACCGUGAGCAGGCCGACCGCCUCAGGGCCACGCGCCAACUGAUGGACGACGGUCAGCCGCAGAGCCUGGAGACGACGCUGGAGGAGCGCAUCGAGGAGCUGCGUCAUCGGCUGCGCAUCGAGGCCGCUGUCGUGGAUGGAGCCAAGAAUGUCAUACGAACGCUGCAGACGGCGAAUCGAGCGCCAGACAAGAAGGCGCUGCAGGAGGCCACUGGACGCUUGUCGGAGUCGUCGCGGAAAUUGGAUCUCUUGCGCUAUUCGCUGGAUCUGCGACGCCAGGAGCUGCCCGUGGACUCGCCGGCGGCGCAGCAGCUGAAGACGGAGCUGCAGAUUGUGCAGCAGUCGACGUCGCCGGUGCCCGUGACCUACACAUCGCUGCAGACGGGGCAGGGCUUCCUGUUGGGGGGCAAGCCCUACCAGUCGGUGUCGUCGCGGGGGGGCUGUGCCAGUGUGACGGGCAAGCUGGAGGUGCGGCUGAUGGGCUGCCAGGACCUGCUGGAGGAUGUGCCGGGGCGGUCGCGACGCGACAAGGACAACAGCUCGAGUCCCGGCGAUCUGCGCAGCUUCGUCAAGGGCGUCACCUCGCGCAGCAGCUCCAAGAGCUACUCGGUGAAGGACGAGACCUCGUUCGAGAUCAUGGCCGCCAUCAAGCUGGACAACAUCACCGUGGGACAGACCUCCUGGAAGCCCUGCUCGCAGCAGGCCUGGGACCAGCGCUUCUCCAUCGAUCUAGACCGCUCCCGAGAGCUCGAGAUCGGUGUCUUUUGGCGCGACUGGCGCUCCCUGUGCGCCGUCAAGGUACUGCGGCUGGAGGAGUUCAUCGACGAUGUGCGCCACGGCAUGGCCCUGCAGCUGGAGCCGCAGGGACUGUUGUUCGCCGAGAUCAAGUUUCUCAAUCCCAUGAUUUCGCAGAAGCCCAAGCUGCGCCGCCAGCGCAUGAUCUUCAACAGGCAGCAGGCGAAGAACAUCCCCCGGGCCAAGCAGAUGAACAUCAAUGUGGCCACCUGGGGUCGCCUGCUCAAGCGGAAUGCCCCCAACCAUGUCCACAUGGGCACGGGCGAAGCCCCAGGCGCUGGGGCCGGCUCUCCCCUGGCCCCGGGCCGCGACUCCGAGUCGCCCAUCUCGAGGACUCCCUCGUCGGAUGCCCUGGUGGAGCCGGAGCCGUAUACGCCCGGCGAGCAGGCCCAGAAUCUGGAGUUCAAUCCGGAUGCGGGCAUGCACGAGCACGUGGAGACACCCGGCGAGUACCCGGAUCCGGCGGCCAGCGGGCUGAGUGGCAUGCGGCCACUCUCCAUGCACAUGCAGGGCAUCAGCGUCCUGCCACCCGACUCACCGCCCGUCUCCGCCGCAGCAGCAGCAGCAGCUGCCGCCGCCGCUGGCAGACCCAACUCGCUCAUCAUACAGAUGCCGCCGUCGGCAGGAGGAGCGAAGGCGCCAGCGGUCAUCGGUGGACGCACGGCCGCGCCCACAACGGCGCCACCGCCGCCGCCCUUGCUCAAGUCAUCGACCACCACGCCGGUUCUGGACCAGGAGCUGCAGGAUGCCUUGCAUGAAUUCGAUUUCCUCUCCGACAUGGACUCGCGUCCGACCACGCUGCGGCGCCUGCUGAAAGAGCGGGACAUGGAGCAGCUGCAGCUGGACCAGGAGGCGCUCGAGUCUCUGCUACUGCAGCAGCAGCAAUCCGAGCAGCAGGCCCUGCACCAGAGGCAGCUGCAGGAGCAGCAGAGGCUCCAGCAGUUCCAGGAGGCUCAGCGUCAGGCCAUUCUCGAGCUGUGCGAGCAGCAGGAGAGGGAGAAGGAGCAGCAGCAGCAGCAGAAAGCCACCCAGUCCCCGCUCAUGCGCCCGCUACCGCUCUCGAUCUCGCCAGUCAGCCGCCCAGUUACCUACCCCUGCCCCAGCCACAGCCACAGCCAAAGUCCACUCGCCAUGCCACCAACAAACCAAUUUCAGUUGCAGCACGAUCCUGCCCAGGCCAGCAAUCGCUUUGCCGCCGUCGAGGAUCUGUCGCGGCCAUCGGCUGUGGAACAGCAGCUGCACCGUCCGGUGCUGACCAUGCCGCCGGUGGUGCUGCUGGGCGGCCGGGAGGAGGACAGAUCGGUGCCGCCCUCGCCCCUGGUCGAGUAUCCCGAGGACGAUGACGAGUAUCUGUACAGGGCCGAUGGCGGCGGGGGCAGCCGGCAUCUGCUGCAGUCCAGCCACAGUUCCAGUGCGGGCGAUCGUUUCUGUGUGGAGGCGCAUAUCAGUCUUGUACAUAUCACACUCGAACCCAUCGAUGCCAGCUGCACCACCAGCUGCCUGAUAGAGGAGGUGGCCGAGCCAGAGCCACAGCCGGAGACAAAGGCGGUGGCAGAGGCCCAGACCCACUCUCAGUCCCAGUCGGAGGCAUUCGUUGAGAGUGUGUUGCUUGAGACAGUUGUUGAAAAGUUAGACAGUUCGACGAGUGAAGAGGAGCAGCAGGAGCAGGUAAUACCGCAGUUGGGAAAACUCUAUGUGGGCAGCAAUCAACAGCAGCAGCAGCAGCAGUAUGGACAGUCCUCGCCCAUCAUCCAGGAGCCGCCGACUCCGACCAUCUAUGGAAACAGUGCGGCUGCUGGCGCCCCACAAUUCCCGCAGCCAACACAGCGCCAGGACAAGCUGCAGCAGCAGCAGCCUGGGCAGCAGCCCAUCUAUGCGAAUCAGUACGAGCUGAAUGUGGCCAAGGCAGCGGCAGCCGCCUCUGUGUACACGCCCACGCCCAGCUCCUCAUCGACGAGCAACACCAGCCAGCAGGGGCAGCGCAAGAAUGUGGCUCGGGGACUGCAGUUCCGCGAGACUGGUGGUCACGAUGCCAGCCGACUGGGCAAGUCACAGCCGCCUCCGAAUGCUGGCAUGCUGUCGAUGGACAACUUCCGGCUGCUGAGUGUGCUGGGCCGGGGACACUUUGGCAAGGUGAUACUGUCGCAGCUGCGCAGCAACAACCAGUACUACGCCAUCAAGGCGCUGAAGAAGGGCGACAUUAUCGCCCGCGAUGAGGUGGAGUCGCUGCUGAGCGAAAAGCGCAUCUUCGAGGUGGCCAAUGCCAUGCGCCAUCCGUUUUUAGUCAAUUUGUAUUCGUGCUUCCAGACCGAUCAACACGUUUGCUUUGUGAUGGAGUACGCAGCCGGAGGAGAUCUGAUGAUGCACAUCCAUACGGACGUAUUCCUGGAGCCGCGUGCCGUCUUCUAUGCGGCCUGCGUUGUGCUGGGGCUGCAGUAUCUGCACGAGAACAAGAUCAUCUACCGCGACCUGAAGCUGGACAACCUGCUGCUGGACACGGAUGGGUAUGUGAAGAUCGCCGACUUUGGCCUGUGCAAGGAAGGCAUGGGCUUCGGUGAUCGCACGGGCACAUUCUGCGGCACGCCCGAGUUUCUGGCUCCCGAAGUGCUCACUGAGACCUCGUACACACGGGCCGUGGACUGGUGGGGUCUGGGCGUGCUCAUCUUUGAGAUGUUGGUUGGUGAGUCCCCUUUCCCUGGCGAUGAUGAGGAGGAGGUGUUCGACUCAAUUGUGAAUGACGAGGUCCGCUAUCCGCGCUUCCUCUCACUCGAGGCCAUAGCCGUGAUGCGAAGGCUGCUGCGCAAGAAUCCAGAGCGACGUCUGGGAUCGUCGGAGCGCGACGCGGAGGAUGUCAAGAAGCAGGCGUUCUUCCGCUCCAUUGUCUGGGAUGAUCUGCUGCUGCGUAAGGUCAAGCCACCGUUUGUACCCACAAUUAACCAUUUGGAAGAUGUCUCGAACUUUGAUGAGGAAUUCACGUCGGAGAAGGCGCAAUUGACGCCACCGAAGGAGCCGCGUCACCUCUCUGAGGAUGAGCAGGUGCUCUUCCAGGACUUUUCGUACACGGCCGAAUGGUGUUAGUGCGCCGCAACACCCCAACCGUAUCCGUGUCCAGUUAGUCCUUAUGGCUCACCAAUGGGCCUAGCCCGAUCGUUAUAACCUUUGCCCUCUGCUUUUAAAUGUUUACGAAGGUGGCUUCGCGUAAUUAUUGCUAGCUUAAGUGAAUGUGAGUUGAAUAUUUAAACAAGAACGCCUCCAGAUAAUACCCAUACAGGACAUACAUAUAUUAUAUCUAUAUAGAAACUAUAUAUAUAUACAUGUAAUCAGCCGAGUGUUGCUCACUUGCUUACCGAAACAAGCAUUAGCCAAAUCCACUAGAGCUCCACUCUUGGGGCAGAGCAAGAGCAUUUUUCGAUCAUCAAUCAGCAGCAGAACAAUCCCAUCCCAUCCAAUUCAAUUCAAUACCCUUCCAUCAGCAUGAACCAUUAUCGCUUCUUUUAAUUUCCUAACGCGAGAACGAGAAUAUAUUGAGAAUUGAGAAUAGUCUGACGAACCCUAGGAAGACGGCCUUAUACGCAACGUUGUAGAUUUUGGACAGAUUUUUGUGAGCCAGGUUCCAAAUAGAUUUUAAAGAUGAAAAUUAUGUAUACAAAGGCUAUUUUACAAGCGCCACCAAUAGAAGAUCAGAUCAGAGCGGACCGGAUCGGAUCAAAGUGGAGUAGCAUAUUUUCAUAAAAAACAUACAAGAACAAAUUCAAGGAUCCAUUUAUAUAUAUUUUAUACAUAUAUUGCAUGCACACCAACCCAGGAAAAUGUCUUGAUAAAAAAGAGCUCAUCCUCUAAACAUAUUUUAAGCUAAGAAACGAAGUAGAAAAAGUGUGAAAGUGAGAGAUAAUACUUACAAUUUUAAAGUGUAAACCCUGUAAAUUUCUUUGCGUUUUCAAAACAACUCGGUCAGCCAAUUGUCCGAGUUGUUUCAUAUAUUUUAAAGCUACUUUUUAUUAUUUAAAUUCAUAUACACACAUACACACAACGCCUACACAUUUGUUAUUUAUUAUUAUUAUUGUACUUUACAAGAAACUGUAUUGCUUUGAGCAUUUUUAUUCAACGAUAUAUGGAUUUCAAACGAUUCGUUUGUAUGCCCUCCAACAACAGAGAGACAAAGAUAAAGAGAGAGAGAGAACGGUACGCUUUAACACGAAAAAUAACCUUAAUGCCGCUCGGGGUAGAGUCGAACCUCUCGUUGUCAGAGAUGAUGGGGUGGCAUACAAUCGGAUUGUUGUUUCACUUAAGAUCUAUGCUAAUUUUAAUUUAAUUUUUAAAUUGUAUUUAAGUUUGUAAUAAUCGAUUAUGGAAGCGUAGGCUAAGCUAUCAUUAUGUGAAGAUAAUUACUGAUAAAUACGAUUAUGAUAACGAUUGUGCACCUGCACACCUCAUGCAGAUCAAUAUACAACCAAGCAGAAGCAUAUACAUAUAUGAAUUGUCAUUACGAUUAUGAUUAUGAUUGCAUCCGCAACUUGCGGCCUGGAAUAUCGAUUCAUCACCAACAAACAAUCCCCCAUUCCUCCCCCUCUAUCUGCCAAGUUGCGUGUUGUGCGUGUAUCUCUUAUUUAUGCAACUAUGAUAUGAUUUUUAAAUAAAUGUAUCUAUCGCUAUUGAAUAAACGCAGUUUUGAGUCAUCAA